UGUGAGCAAGAGAUGCGUCGGCGAAGGCCAUAGCAAGUGCUAGGUGGAAAUAAAAGCGAUAGGCGACCUUUUCGGUAAAAGUGCAACGAAUAGCUGGCAAACCACGGCUAACUGGCUUUGAUGCACAUUCGGCGAUGCUAGCUAAGGCAAGUUAGAAUUAAGGCUUUUCCUAGCCAGCUAGCUUACAUUAGCUACAUCUUCAGUUGUUGCUAGCCGGCUAACUAACCGCGAGUUGAUUCUGGACACUUUCUUAGACUCUUUAGGCUAACCGUCGUUAUCAGUUUGUUAUAAAAGGAGGUAAAAUAUAUAAAUAUAUAUAUAUCUAUGUGAAAGUAACAGCGGAAUUAUAAUUUGGGAUAAAAUUAGCUUAUGUCGCUGCGAGAGGCUCAGUUAGUCCAAGGAGUCCUUACUGACACGAUAACAAAAGAUCAAAAUGAGAUAUAAUUAGCUAACAAUUCAAAUGUUUUUACGUGUCGCUUUUUCGUCAUGUUUUGUUUGCCUCUGUCGCCAAAAAUAAGCACUUUGGAGAUGUGACGAAUAGGAAAAGAGUGGUGAUCUAGAGCUGCCUGUGCAUUGACACGACCUCUUGACCUCAUCUUCAGCAUGAAUGGUGAUAUGCCUCAUGUUCCCAUCACUACUCUUGCUGGAAUUGCUAGCCUAACAGACUUGUUGAACCAGUUGCCUCUGCCUUCUCCUCUCCCUGCCACCACCGCUAAGAGCCUGCUUUACAAUGGAAGGAUCUCUGAAGAAGUCAGCAGUCUGCUGGUGUGUCGAGAUGAGAGUUUGGUGACUCAGCUGGCACACAGUCUUAACCAGGUCUCCACCGAACACAUAGAGCUGAAGGACAACCUUGGAAAUGAUGAACCUGAGGGAGAUAUGCCACUGCUGCUUCAGACUUUACUUUCCAGGAAUCCCACAGUCUUCGGGGACAAAAGUGUUUUGCAACAGCCACUGAUACAACAGUUUAAGAAUCAAGUUCAUGGAAGUCCUGGAUUAAACUAUCAGCAAACCCCUGUCUCUCAAAGUCCCUCUGGAUGCUUUGCAUCCCCACAGUCUGGAUCAGCCACUCAGUUUGUGGCCCAGCAGAACAGUCCUAUCCCGAGUCCCUAUACUCCUCAGAGUCCUGCUGACUACAUGCAGUACAACCCACCCAGUUAUUCUCAUCAGCAAGUUGGUAGUGGUGUGAGUAAUAUCCACAACAACAAAGUCCCUGGGCAGCUAUCAAGCACUUCAUCUAAUCAUAAUAGAAGACAAGGCUCAGAUGACGGCUACGUAAACGCGCCUCACAGAUUGGGAAAUGAGGAGAAGGACUUACCGAUGAAGGCUGCCACAUCUACAGUUAAAUCAUCUCAGUCUGCAUGCACUCCUGCUGGAAAUGAAGAGACUAUAAAAAAGUCCAGGCCUCCUCUGAUAAUGCAGUCGCAUCUGCUUGAUGUGCCACAAGGUGCACAGCCUGACCUGGUCCUCUCCAUGUCCGACCGCCGAAAGAGGCAUAGGGAGAAGAGCAGAGAAGAAAAUGAGCAUAUGGACAAAAAUGCUUUGUAUGAUAUCGUUAGCUCUCCGUCAAAAGAUUCCACUAAGCUGACUUUGAAGCUUUCCCGGGUGAAGACGCCAGAUGUGAAUCCGACUGAAGAGUGUCCCCAGAAGUCUCAUGUGGACUCGGAUCACACUACAGUUGUGACAAACAGUAAUAGUAACCCCUCACCAAGUGCACCUCAUGGCUUUUCACGCAAGCUGGAGGAUGAGCAGCACACAAACAGUCAGCAGGUUGCUGUGCAACCAAAUAGCAAGGAUAAUGAAGACAGCGGUGCUGCGCUUGACGAUUCUGAGGUGGAUGCACUUGCAGACGUGGAGAGAAUAGAACGCGAGUCAGCCAAUGAAAAAGAGCGCGGUUCGAAAGAAGUCCAAGACAAAGACAAGCCGCUGAAAAAACGUAAACAAGACACAUAUCCUCAGGAACCUGGAGCUGAGGCAAGCGAAGGGCCUGCCGUACACAAAGGAAACAACUCCAGCAAGCUGACGCCCAAGAAGUCCAGCUCUGCAAACAAUGGUGCUGGUCGGCCGGCCCUGAUGGUCAGUAUUGAUCUGCAGCAAGCCGGCAGAAUAAUCGAGCAGCCUGUAGUUGUGUUGGAACCACAGCCGCUGUGUGAGCAACAUCUACGUCAUCUCAAAACUAACCUUGACGGAAAGGCCAAUAAGGACGUUGGAAACAGACCCGCCAUCAUCAAGCAGCCUCCUAACAGCGCGGAGAAGUCCCUCUCAGGUGGACCACCAGAGUCUCGCAGGCUGAAGCAGGAAAGUCAGCGAGUGUCGAAACCGAAACACGAAAGCAACAGGGGACACUCCAAUGACAGGCGCUCAGACAUGGUGCGCCAGAAGCACGACCAGCACUCCAACUCACUCCACAAAGAAGAAAAGAACAACAACAGCCACCGGUCCAGCAGGCCUGAGACUCCAAAGAGCUCUGGCAGGGCGGACUACAACUCCAGAUGCGACGAUGACAAAGUCAGGCAUAAAGAAAGGAAUAAGGAAAAACAGAGGGUCAGAGAGGAAGACAAGCAUAGAGAUAGAAACAAAACCAGGGACAGAGACAAAAGCAAAGAGGUAGAAGGGCCAAGAGAAGCAGAAAUCGACAAAGACAGACACAAGGACAGGGAGCAAGACAAAGACAGAGAGAAAGAAAGCAUUGAGGACAAAACUAGAAGUAGAGACAAAGACAAGGGAAGAAACAGGGACAAAAUUAGAGAUGUAGACAAACCGAGAGAGAAAGAAAAAGACAAAGAGAGAGAAAAAGACAAAGACAGACAUAGGGAGAGAACCAAAGGUAAGGAAAGAGACAGGAACAGGAAACGCAAAACAAAGGAAGAUCCUGACAAAACCUCACCUGAUCAGAACCCUAAACCUGACAAACCAUCUGACCUCAAUGGUCGACACAGAGCUGGUGAAUCCAGCCCCCCCAGACAGACCCCUCCAAAAAAGGAAAACCGGACAAAUGGGGACGGCAGCAUUAGCUGCUUGCCUGGAAACAGGCGGAAUUCCUUGGACCCAAAACCUUGUGAGUUCCCCCAGUACCUGCUCGGUGGUCAAUCAGGAAGUCUCAAGAACUUUGUGAUCCCUAAAAUAAAAAGAGACGCGCCAGAUAAGGAUCUCCAGCUGAAGAGAAAGCUGUUAGAAAGCCGGAGCGAACCCCUCGUGAGGUUGGAGCGGGUUUCCUUAGUUAACAGCUUAAACAAAAGAAGCAAACCUGUUGUGGUUCUGCGGAGGCUCAGCGUUGAGGAGGUGAAAAGGAUCAUCAGGGAAAGCAAGAGUUCCAGAUCCAAGAAAUGGUCCUCAAAAGGGACAUUUGAGGGGACAAACAAACGAAGACACGGUUCAGUUGGAAAACGAUCCAGUUAUGCUGAGAUGAACUCAGAGGAUGAAGAUGAAAACGCUGAAUCUGAGUCUGACAUUGAAUCUUCAAGGAAAAGGUUGAAGAAGGACCACGACAGGACUUGGAAAUGCGAGGAGAAAAGGGGAUCAAAGGAUCAUCAGAGGAGUGGAGGUUUUCAUAACUCACGCCGAGGUUCUGUUGGUCGCCAUCGUUUUGAUGAAGAUUCGGAUAGAGAGUCCCCCCCACCAAGCCUAAGUGACAUUGCCAGGAAAAUGAAGAAAAAGGAAAAACAGAAGAAAAAGGUGGUUUAUAAUUCCAGUAUGACAACAGAAGAAAUGAUGGACUCCUCUACAUUUAAGAGAUUCACAGCCAGCAUGGACAACAUUCUGGAGAGCCUGGAGGAUGUGGAUCUCAACGAAACAGAAGACGACGACGAUGAAAUCCCUCCAGAAUAUUUACUUGGAAAGCAACAGUUGAGUGAGUUAAGCAGCGAUUCUAACAAGAUCAAAAUGAUGGGUAUCUUUAAUAAGUUUUCUUCUUCUAAAAUGGUGAAAAUUUUGAAUAUACUGGAAAAGAACAUUCAGGACAGUGUCAAACUGUCCACCUUGAUGAGUCAGGAUAACGAGUCGAUGGAUGAAGAGCGAUUGUGGCGCGACCUCAUAAUGGAAAGAGUGACCAAAUCUGCCGACGCCUGUCUGACUGCACUGAAUAUAAUGACAUCUCCCCGCAUGCCCAAAGCGGUUUACAUCGAGGAUGUGAUUGAAAGGGUGUUGCAGUUCACCAAGUUCCACCUGCAGAACACUUUGUACCCUCAGUAUGACCCCGCCUACAGGCUGGAUCGCCACGGAGGUGGCUCUUCAAAGUCCAAGAAAGCCAAGUUUUCCUCCCACAAACAGAAAGUGGUCGUCGUGCUCUACAACAAAGUGUGUGAUAUCAUCAGCAACAUCUCAGAGCUCCUUGAAAUCCAACUGCUAACCGACACCACCAUUCUCCAGGUUUCAAACCUUGGCAUCACACCCUUUUUUGUGGAGAAUGUCAGCGAACUGCAGUUAUGCGCCAUCACAUUAGUGACAGCAGUGUUCUCCCGCUACGAAAAGCACAGGCAGCUCAUUCUUGAGGAGAUUUUUAACUCCCUGGCAAGAUUGCCUACAAAUAAACGCGGUCUCAGGAACUUCAGGCUUAACAACUGCGAUUCAGAUGGAGAGGGAUUGUACAUCCAGAUGGUUUCAGCCCUCGUUCUUCAGCUCAUUCAGUGUGUGGUUCGCCUUCCAUUUGAGAAAGAGAACGAGGACGAACAAAAAAAGAAGGUGGACAAAGAUGUCUUCAUAACAAACUCCUAUGAAACUGCCAUGAGGACAGCACAGAACUUUCUCUCGGUGUUCCUCAAAAAAUGUGGCAGUAAACAGGGAGAAGAUGAUUACAGGCCUCUCUUUGAGAACUUCAUUCACGAUCUACUGUCUGCAGUAAACAAACCUGAGUGGCCUGCAGCUGAGCUGCUGCUUAGCUUACUGGGGCGACUGCUGGUGCACCAAUUCAGUAACAAGCAAACAGAGAUGGCGCUCAGGGUGGCAUCGUUGGACUACCUCGGCACGGUUGCGUCUCGUCUCCGCAAGGAUGCUGUCGCUAACAAGAUGGACCAAAAGGAUAUAGAUCGCAUUCUAAGAGAGACUCCUGGCAGUGACGAGAUACAACAACUUCAGAAAGCUCUGCUGAGCUUUCUAGAUGAAAGCUCCGACACAGAUCCAGCUUUAGCAUUUGCAAGGAAUUUUUAUAUUGCCCAGUGGUACAGAGACACCACAACAGAAGUGGAGAAAGCACUGAAGUCCCAAAAUGACGACGAGGACACGAAGUUUCAUCAUCUCUCCAAAGAGGAUGAUUCAACCGAGGAGAUAGUGCAGAAAGCAGAGAGCAGGAAGAAGUUCCUUCGCAAGGUCAUCAAGACCUCAUCAUCAAAUAUCACCUCUCAAAGGAUGAACUCUGACACAGUAGACUACGAGGACUCCUGCCUGAUUGUUAGAUAUCUGGCCUCUAUGAGGCCAUUUGCACAAAGCUUUGAUAUUUAUUUAUCACAAAUAUUGAGGGUGCUGGGGGAGAGUGCCAUUGCAGUCAGAACUAAAGCGAUGAAGUGUCUUUGUGAGGUCGUGGCUGUUGAUCCCAGUAUUCUGGCUCGGCUGGAUAUGCAGCGCGGCGUUCAUUGCCGCCUCAUGGACAACUCCACCAGUGUUCGGGAAGCAGCGGUAGAACUCCUCGGCCGCUUUGUGUUAAGUCGACCGGAGCUCAUUGAGCAGUACUAUGACAUGCUCAUAGAAAGAAUACUGGACACUGGCAUUAGCGUGAGAAAAAGAGUCAUCAAAAUCCUGAGGGACAUCUGCCUGGAGCUGCCAGACUUCCACAAAAUCACAGAGAUGUGUGUGAAGAUGAUCCGCAGAGUCAAUGACGAAGAAGGGAUCAAGAAACUGGUAAACGAGACAUUCCAGAAACUUUGGUUUUCCCCCACGCCAAACCAUGACAAGGAAGCCAUGACCAGAAAAAUCCUCAAUAUAACAGAUGUGGUGUUAGCGUGUAAAGAUUCAGGCUAUGAUUGGUUUGAGCAGCUGCUGCAAAAUCUGCUGAAGUCUGAGGAGAAUGCUUCAUACAAACCGGCCAAGAAAGCCUGCGUUCAGCUUGUGGACAAUUUAGUGGAGCACAUUCUGAAAUAUGAUGAGUCUCUUGCAGAUUGUGAGGAAAAGGGAAUAAAUUCCAGCCGUCUGGUGUCAUGCAUAACCACUCUUUUACUUUUUACUAAAAUCCGACCUCAGUUAAUGAUCAAACAUGCCAUGACCAUUCAGCCUUACCUCACCACCAAAUGCAACUCUCAGAAUGUCUUCAUGGUGAUUUGCAACGUGGCCAAAAUCCUCGAGUUGGUGGUUCCUCUGAUGGAAAACCCCAGCGAGACUUUUCUGACGACGAUAGAGGAGGACCUGAUGAAGCUCAUUGUCAAACACGGCAUGACGGUUGUUCAGCAUUGUGUGAGUUGUCUUGGCGCUAUUAUCAACAAAGUAACUCACAACUACAAGUUUGUCUGGGCUUGUUUUAACCGGUUCUAUGGGGCUCUGGCUAAACUCAAGACGCAGCUUCAGGAAGACCCCAGCUCCUCCACUCUGGCGACUAACAAACCCACUCUGCUGCGCGCCCUCUUCACUGUGGGGGCUCUCUGUCGACACUUCGACUUUGACCAAGAAGAGUUCAAGGGUGCUAACAAAAUUGUCAUAAAGGAUAAGGUAUUGGAGCUUCUGCUGUGCUUUACCACUCAUGAGGAAGAAGAGGUCCAGAUCAAGGCUAUCAUUGGCCUGGGGUUCCAGUUCAUCAUGCAUCCUGAGCUCAUGUUUGUCCAAGACGUGAAGGUUUUGUACAACAACAUCCUGUCAGACGAGAACAGCAGCGUUAACCUGAAGAUCCAGAUUCUCAAAAACCUGCAGACUUACCUGCAGGAGGAGGAUUCUCGAAUGCAAGAAGCUGACCGUGAAUGGAAGAAGCAAGCCAAGCAAGAGGAUCUGAAGGAAAUGGGGGACGUCUCAUCGGGCAUGAGCAGCUCCAUCAUGCAGAUUUACCUGAAGCAGGUGCUGGAGUCCUUCUUCCACUCACACUCCACGGUGCGGCACUUUGCCCUGAACGUCAUCACGCUGACACUCAAUCAGGGCCUCAUCCAUCCCGUUCAGUGCGUCCCUUACUUAAUUGCCAUGGGAACAGAUCCAGAGCCAACGAUGAAGAACAAAGCAGACCAGCAACUGGUGGAGAUUGACAAGAAAUAUUCAGGCUUCAUCCAUAUGAAGGCAGUUGCAGGGUUGAAGAUGUCUUAUCAGGUGCAGCAGGCCAUAAAUGGAUCCAAGGAUGUGGUGAUCCGAGGUUACCGGCACGAUGACUCUGACUCCGCCCUCUGCUCUCAUCUUUACACCAUGGUCCGUGGGAACCGACAACACAGGCGCGCUUUCCUCAUCUCUCUGCUCAACCUGUUUGAUGACAGCUCUAAAGCAGAGGUGAACAUGCUGCUGUUUAUAGCAGACAACUUGGCCUGCUUCCCGUACCAAACCCAGGAUGAGCCUCUUUUCAUCAUGCACCACAUCGACAUUACUCUGUCUGUGUCUGGUAGCAACCUGCUCCAGUCUUUCAAUGAGUGUUUACGGAAGGAGCCUGUCAGGCCAGAGAAGAAGGUGAAGACAAAAAAGCGGAAAAAGCAGCAUUCCAGAAGAAGGAAAAACAGCUCAGAUGAAGACGAGGAUUCGGACAGUGAUGGCAGCAACAGCAAAUCCAGUAGCAGCGAUGAAGAUGAGGAUGUGAUUCGCAGGAGGAAAAAGUCGGCGGACUCUGACUCGGAUUUGGAGGACGAGGACACAGUCAUCAACCGACUGCCUGAGAACAGCAUCCCUCUGCUGGAGUUUGCCAGCGCCUCCCAGGGCAUCCUGCUGCUGCUGGUGCUCAAGCAGCAUCUGAAAAACCUGUAUGGCUUCUCAGACAGCAAAAUCCAGAAGUAUUCACCGACAGAGUCUGCAAAGGUUUACGACAAGGCCGUGAACAGAAAGUCCAAGGUGCACUUCAACCCGGCGCAGACACUGGAUUACCUUAAGAGGAAUCUAACCAGCUCCAGUCUCAGCCAAGAAUUAAAGAGGAAUAUCGUCAAACAGUACCUGAACUUCAAGGUUCUGAUGGAGCACUUAGAUCGUGAGGAAGAGGAAGAAGAUGGGGGUGAAGCAAACGCCAACGCCAGAAACAAAGCCAUCACUUCGCUUCUGAAGGUGACAAAACCCCGGAACCACAACACCAGUAAUCACGCCGCUCCAGUUGAGUCAGAGGAAGAGGAGAGCGAUGAUGAAGACCCUCCUCCGCAAAAAUCAAGGAAAGGUGGGGAUGUGGAGGAUUCAAAGGAGACAGUGGAAGUCAUGGACGUUGUUGCCAUCUUCUAUCCCAAAUAUAAAGACAGACCGCAGAUCGCCAAGGUCGUCCAGAAGACCAGGCAUGGCUACAGCAUACACUGGAUGACAGGAUCUUACUCCGGGGCGUGGGCUGUAGCAAAAAAACGGGACGGCCGGAAAAAGGUCCCCUGGGUCGACAAUAUCAAGGAGUCGGACAUUAUUUACAAGAAAAUCUCCUUGACGAGUGGACAAAAGCUGACGAACAAAGUGGCACAGACGUUACGGGCGCUGUAUGCGGCCAAGGAGGGCGCUAAGAGUUAAUACCUGAAAAUACUGUAUGAGACAGUCCUCACUACACAAAUCCACUGUUACAUACAGAAAAGGCAAGCCUCUUUAGAUGAACCCUUUUUAAAACACUUAUGCUUCUCACAGUUAUGGUGAACAGAAGUUAGAGAAGGAAAUGUUUGGGAAAACAUUGUGUGGGAGUUCCUUCGCUGUCGUGCAGCAACAUGGUCGUCUGGUUUUUACUCUCACUGUAAUAUAGUUUAACUAAAAAACAUGUUUAUAUCUGAACAUAAUUCUGUAAAAUAUGAAGUGAAUGUUGAAAAUUAGUGUAUUGAUGAUGUUCUUAAUAAAGUGUUUUUGGAGUUAUAACUAGCA